AUGGAAUCUCCCACUUAUGGCCUUGCAAUAAGCAUCUACAGCCGCGGCGAUGCCAAACUCGGCGAUGGCCCCUCACACAUGGGAAUCGCCAUUUACAAGUAUGGCGCCUCAACCUGUGAAAUACACCAUAUACGCAACCCCACAGACGAAGACUUCAUUUAUGAUCCGCGGACACAGCCGCUCGAAGACCCGGUUCUCAAGGGUCGCUGUGAGCUUGCUUCACUCAAUUAUGAGCAGAUGCAACAAGUUGCUAGCUUGAUCUCUGCGUUUGGGAAGGAUGAAUCUAACCACCCCGAGUUUGGGGUUGGAAAUUGCCAAGAUUGGGUUGCUGGUGCUGUUGGAAUGCUUGAGCACGCUAGUUAUGUUUCGCCCGGAGAAGGGGCAUUCUGGAAGAGUAUGAUUAACAGAAGCUCGGAGGAGAUGAAAAAUGAGUGUCUUCAAGGGCAGAGGAAAUGGAUAGAUGGUCCGGAGUCGACGUAUGAAGGAGAGCCCGAUGCAAGGUUUGUGGACAGAGAACGGGACACAGUGAAGCCUGUUGGGAAGUUAGCUCAGAAUGAGGUAUUCCGGGCGCGAAUACAGUCACUUUUGGGUCCCAAGGGGAGUGGAAGGAGUGAUGAUAAGACGCCUGUAGAACGGCCGUUUUAUGUGUCAAGUCCUUUCUUUAGCAAGAUGAAUGAGAGGAACAACUGA